AUGGCUUUCUCAUCACUGUCCAGGUCCGACAUGUCAUUGAGUGAUAUGGGACGCUCGAUGUUAAGACCGAGGUGGAUCGUUGGUUUCGCUGUCCUCCUCGUAACUUUAAUCACACUGUUUACACACACGGCAUCUCGCUCAGUCGGCGGUCUGGUCGGUUCAAUCAGCACUUCAAAACCCUCAACCUCUACAACCUCCACUUCAUCAGCCAGCAAUGGCAAGGCUGGUCUCCACUACCUCAUCCCUGCAACAAGUAGCAACAGAGAUUUCUGCAAGCUCCUCCUCUCCUCCACCAUCCUCGACUAUCCUACGCCCGUCUUGAUCAAUUGGGGAGCCCAUGAAGAGGCCAAUCCGUACAAGCAGCAUCUCGCCAAAGUCGAAACUCUGCUUGCUUACAUGAAGAGGCUGAAGCCCAUCAGCAAGGAAGACGAUUUGGUUCUCAUUCUGGACGGCUACGACGUCUGGUUCCAAUUGCGACCAGACGUCCUGCUCAAGAGAUAUUUCGAAAUGAACGCGAACCUCGACCAGCGAACCAUUCAGGCAUAUGGUCAAGACGCUUUCGACCAGGGCGAUCACCGUACCACCGUCAUUUUCGGCCCAGACAAGAUCUGUUGGCCCAUCGACUUCAGUCGCCCCGCGUGCUGGGCUGUCCCUCAUACUGGCCUGUCCUCAACCGCUUUCGGCCCUGAGGAGAACGAUUUCAGAGAGACACAUAAUGAGCCUCGAUGGUUGAACUCGGGAACAAUCAUGGGACCCAUCCAGGACAUGAUUGACGUCUUCCAAGCUACCCUCGACCUGAUCCACUACAACCACACCACAGACUCGGAUCAAUUCUACUUUGCCAAUGUAUUUGGCGAUCAAGAGUUUGCUCGUCUGUCUCUGGAUCAAGAUGUUCUCGAGAAACAGGCCAAGGAGAAGUAUAGAGAGGAGUUCCAGAAGGAAGAGGAUCCUCCUCGCCAGAUCCCUCAAUUCCACGAAGGACAGAGAACCGAAUAUCACAUUGGCAUCGACUAUUUCUCGGCCAUGUUCCAGACUUUGGCCUUCUACAAACAGUACCUAGCCUGGAUUCGUCCAAGUGACUCGUGGGCAACCAGAACGAACGACGCUGGUGAUGUUUCUCAAGAGAGAUACGGGUUCAAGGUGGCAGAGGACAUUUCUUCUUCACUUUCACCCUUCGCCGCAUUCGAGGCCUCGCCGCCUUUAUUCAACAGCUCGGUGGAGUACCCCAAGUCGUGGGAAGAUGUCAACCUCUGCGUCAACACAGUCACUGAUCUGGCCCCCGUCACGCUGCAUUUUACUGGCGAGAAAGCCUUGCGUGAAUUAUGGUGGGACAAGCUAUGGUUUCAUGAAGACGCUGAAGAGCUUCGCAAAGCUAGUCUGAGAUUGCCUGACCGGCCCAUCAGCGAGGAACCUAUUGCAGGCAAGACGUGGUACAAGAUCGAAUCUAGUGAUCCAGAGGCAGGAAAAGGAGGAGCAUGGGCUGACAAUGGCGGUUGGCACUCAUGGACCAGUCUCUGCAAGACAUAUGAGGAUGAAAUCUUCCCUCGAAAAACAUUCAAGAAAAAGGGACCUCAUCAGCACUCCUAG